AAGGUGGUCUGUUCUGUCCAGUCAUGCGAGAUCAUUGCCGGUCGGGGCCGAGGUGCCACCGGACCUCCGGACCAUGACCUCAGACAGCAGACUCAUGGAUGAGGCCGACAUUGACGUGGAGGGACAGACGGACGGAAGUAAUGCAGAUUUGUCUGUGAUCAAUACUCAUGUUGUUGAGCAAAGCGCUUCAUCCCUCACUCAGGGAGCUCGUGAGGACGAAGACUCUGCAGAGCGGCUGCAGGAUAGUCCGGGCGAGAGAUCCGCCCCGGUGAAGCCCCCAUACUCAUACAUCGCUCUCAUCACCAUGGCCAUCCUCCAGAGCCCGAAAAAGAGACUCACCCUGAGUGAGAUAUGUGAUUUUAUCAGCCAGCGCUUUGCGUAUUAUCGAGAGAGGUUCCCCGCAUGGCAGAACUCCAUCCGCCACAACUUGUCUCUGAAUGACUGCUUUAUCAAAAUGCCCCGGGGGCCUGGGGACCCUGGCAAGGGGAAUUACUGGACCCUGGACCCCAUGUCGGCAGAUAUGUUUGAAAAUGGGAGUUUUCUUCGGCGAAGGAAACGCUUCAAGAGGCCACAUUUUAAUUUAGGGACAAUGAAGGACUCCAGGGUUAAGGAGAGCAGCCCCUUCUUUCCUCUCCUCGGGACGUUGAGUCUCCAGGGGCAGGAUUUGUACCAAGAUCUGGGCUUAGGAAGUGGAUUUAGUCCCCUCACGAGAUCUAGCAUCCCACCUGUUAGCAGCGUCAUACCUGCACUCUCCUCGCUCCUCUCCAAGAAUUUCCCCUCAUGUAUAACUUUUGAACAUUUCGACCCGGGACGCUGCGCUGCUGUCCCAUCUCUGGCUCCAAACUGGCUUCAAACCCCCCUGCACGGAAUGAUACCCACCUACCCUGUUUCUCAGCUUUCUGAUUUCCCCACUCGGAUCAUCAAAUUAUCGUCUAAUUUAUUUUAAUGUUUUGAUUCCUGCCUAUCUCCGUAGGCCUAUAUCCUUCCUCUCAGCAUGAGAAUAUGGUACAUUUUAAAUAAAUUCAGUUUUUAUAGAUGGCAUGCAAACAGGCCUCCAACCAUAUUUUGUACGUGUUUUUCAAAAACCUAUUGUACAGUCCUUAAAUAUGUUCUAAAUAAUUGAAUUAACUAAGUCUGAGCAAGUUUAUAAUUACACUAUCAAAUAAUAUCUGUAAAUACAGCAAUACAUGUUACUACAUUUUACUUGUAUUGACUGUAUUACAAAUGCCUGGUUGCUGACUCUUAUUUGAACAAAAUAUAAAUUGCAAGAUGUGCUCGAAAUACAAACGAACCUAAAAUUAAUUACCAGCAAAAACUAUUCCAUAUCCUUAAAAUAAUUCCACACAGAAACAAACGUGGCUUUACAGUUCAUUUUUGGGCAAAAAAACCCACUUAAUUUAAACAUCAGAAUGUAAAUACAAAUAUAUAUUAUAAGACAUAGUAAACAUAUAAAAAGUAGGAAAAUAUUGUGCAAAUAUGGGAAAUAUAAUAUGCAGCUCUUUUCUGAUAGUCCUUGGAUUUGCUCAAACAGUAGGCCUACUUGUCUGCAAAGGGACUUGACAUAAUUUAUUAAUUAAUUAAUUCGGAUGACAUCGAUUGAUUUUUUGCUGUGGAUGCAAAAUAUGAUAUGAUAUGAUAUGAACACAAGUGAGCACAUUUAAUCUACCCGGCCCUUCUUGUUUAUUGAUUUUCUUAAGUGAAUGAUUUCCUCCACAUUGUGUGCGAAAGAGGUCCAGCUAUAAUAACGAUAAUUAUAAUUCAACACGCGCUGGUUUUGUCUUCAUCUGCAGCCUAUAAGUGGCAUGAACGUAUAGCAUGUGUUCAAAAUCAGGCGUCAAACUGCACCUCUGUCCUUAAUAAUCGGAUGUACGGUGCUGUUUUUAUUGAUUUGUAGAAAUUUGAGCAGUACAAAUUGCCCCUUCUUUUAGGAAGUUGG